AGAAGAGAAGAGAAGGGGAGACUCCCUCCAAUGGGAUAUGCCUAGGUGUUUUAAAUUUAAAGUUGGAACCCUCCCUCAACCGGGAGGGAUACACCUUCGGCAUAUCCUUUUUCCAGCACGUAAUAUAAUCAUUAGUAAUUUUUAAUUACAAUUAUAUAUAUAUUUUAAUACGGAAUAUUCCUUAAAAAUUCCGUAGCUUUAUCUCAUAUAUAAUAAAGCGAAAACCACCGCCUUGAGUUUGGAGCAGGGCAGGCAGCGCACCGGAGUGGGUGAAAAAUAGAUACACAUACAUAUACGGAGAAAAUGAAGAGAGGAGCUUUUCCGUUGGAUGAUGAGGCCAAGGCGCGGAUCAUCAGCUGGGAUCAUGCCACGCCGGCGGAUGACGUCAGCAGCGGCAGCGAACACAGCGGCGAAAGCGACGACGUCGCCUCGUCGAGUAGUUUCUCCGAGCUUUUCUACGGUUUCGGCGUCUCGUGCGACGUCGACGGAGAGUGGACGGAGGAAGCGGGCGAUAGCUCCGAUCCGGAGCGCGAUCCGUCAAUGUACGGCUCGAUUUUCAGGAAUGUGGAUCUGAUUGAAUCGAUCGUGCUGGAUCGGACGGAUGAGGUCAAGGUCUUGCUCGAAUCUCACGUUCUCAGAGCUCUGCAGGUGUUGGCGUUUGCGAAACCGUCGGACUCGGAUGUUGUGAUGAUGCGGAGGAAUGUCAUGGCAUUUCUGAGAGAUUGCGGCGGCUACAAUGCGGCCAUCUGCAAGACCAAGUGGGACAAGUCCGGCGGACUGAGCGCAGGGAGCUACGAGUUCAUCGAUGUAGUCGUCAGGAAGGAUUCGGAUUCGGCGAGGUAUUUCGUCGAUCUGGAUUUCUCGGCCGAGUUCGAGAUCGCGCGGCCAACGGAUUCGUACAGGCGGUUAUUGCGGUGUUUGCCGAGGGUCUUCGUCGGCCAAAUCGACGAUCUGAGGCAGAUUUUGAAGGCUAUGAGCGACGGUGCGAAGAGAUCGCUGAAGAGCGGCGGUCUCCAUCUUCCGCCGUGGAGGAAACACCGUUUCAUGCUGAACAAGUGGCUCGGACCGUACCGGCGCACCACCAACCUCUUUCCGGCGUCGGCGAAACCGAGUUUCUCCACAUAUCGAUGCGCCGUCGGUUUUGACGCCGCCGCUAACGGCGUCCGGCUGCGGUGCCCGUCGACGGCGCGUACACGAUGAAGGGCAAGGGAAUAUAAUAUUACGACGCGAUAAUAUAUUAAUAUUCCCCUGCUUAUUGGUUAAUAAUAAUAAUAAUAUACUCCUACUACUUAGUACUAUUAUAAAAUCAAAUAAUAUGAUUAAAUAUUUUGUCGUUUUUCAUAAUUUAUUAUUAUUAUUGUCUUCCGAGCAUUAUCCUUUCGAGAACGUACGCGGCAAAUGCACGUUGCUACGACGGCGGAAAUCAGGUGCGGUUCACCUGCACCGUAAGGUAUUACUUGCUGCACUCCUCCAUCCAUCCAUCUACAAUCUACAUGCACAACAGGACAUCAACCACUCUUUUUAAA